GUCACAUAAGCGCCAACAUAACAUACAUGUGGAAGUGUGUGGCUGAGUUAAAGAGCCCUGGUUCAGUUCCUUUUCUUGUUUAGUCGGUGUCUGUAUGUCUGUGGGUGUCUGUAUGUCUGUGGGUGUCUGUAUGUCACAGCGAUGGCGUCCUUUUAAAAGCUGUCGUUCCUCGUGAAGCUCUACAGGGACGAGCUGUGAUUGGCUGUUCAAUGCCGCCAGUUAGCGUUCUGAGCUAACAUCAACAGCUAGUUGACACAGCGGCGUUAGCGAGCAGACAUUAGCCAACUCUGCUCUUCACAAAUGGCUGAAGAUACUGUGAAAAGCGACCCUUCUUCCACCCGGCAGGGGGACGAUAAUCCAAAUUCUAAGAGCAAUAAUGGCGACGCAGCGGCAGAAAACCAAACUCUGUCCAAAAGGCAAAGGAAGAAGCUUCUGAAGCAACAGAAAUGGGAAGAGGAGAGGGAGCUACGAAAGCAGAGACGGAAGGACAGAAAGCAACAGCGUCGGAUGCAGAGGCAAAAUCAUCAGGAGGAGGAGGGAGAGGCCCAGGGUGUGAGGAAGCGUCCGCGCAGAGAGGUGACGCCCAGCUCCCUAAGGCUGGUGGUGGAUUGCGGCUUCGACGACCUCAUGCUGAUCAAGGAUGUCCGGAAGCUUCACAAACAGAUCCAGCGGUGCUAUGCUGAGAACAGACGAGCCCUGCAUCCAGUGCAGUUUUAUCUGACGAGCCUGGGUGGACAGCUGAAACAGAGCAUGGAUGAAAAGGACAAAGGAUGGGUCAACUGGAAGGACAUUAACAUAAAAACGGAGCACUACAGUGAAGUGGUGGCCAAGGAGGAGCUGGUUUACCUGACGUCAGACUCUCCCAACGUGCUGGAGGAGCUGGACCAAAAAAAGGCCUAUGUGAUAGGAGGCCUGGUGGACCACAACCAUCAUAAGGGCAUCACCUUUGAGAGGGCGAAGGAGCUGGGGAUCGAUCACGCGCAGCUCCCUCUGAGCAGUUUUGUUAAGAUGAACAGUCGGAAGGUUCUGGCAGUCAACCAUGUGUUUGAGAUCAUCCUCGCGUACCUGGAGAAGGGCAGCUGGCAGGAGGCCUUCUUCACAGUCUUGCCUCAAAGGAAAGGAGCGGUGGCUGUCGACCAGGACGAAACAACAGCUCAGGAAAAAGAGGAGGAAGAUUCAGACUCUGACUCUGACCCCGACACGCCAGAGCAAACUGAGAAAAAAGUCUAAGACUUAGUUCAAAUGGACAACUUCAGACAAAGUCCAGACAUCUCAUGUCUGGAUAUAUUGAUGCUAAGGUUAAGUUUGAAAGAUUGACAUUCUGUCAACAAAAAUAUGUUUCUUUCAAUUUUUUUUUUUUUUUUUAAACAGCUAUUUAUUGAAUGUUUUACUUUGUGCCUCUUGUAAUGGCUAAUAACUUAGUUGAACAUCUAAUGGAAAUACAAAAUUUCAGUUUUGCUUAAAAAAAUUGCAGAAUAUAGAGUGAAGAUAAUGAUUUAUACCUGAAUUUUUAUUCCUGUCUUUUAUUGUUUAGCUCCAAGCUAAAGCUGUCAGACCUGUGCCAAAUAGACUUGAAACAUUUAAAGCAGUAUGCAGUCAACACAACAUGAUUGUCACUGACCCUGGAAUUCCUCAAAUAUUUUGUAAUUUUUCAGAAUGUAGUCAGAGUUUGGGGAAUCUGAAGCCCAUUUUCAAAAGUUUUUUUUCAUAUUAAUGUAAUGCAGGAUAAUGUCACCCAAAAUGAAAAGAGAACUUAUAUUAUUCUUACUAUGCUUUUGGGAGAUCAUGGAAGCAGAGAACUUGCAAUUAUUAUUAUUUUUUUAAUGCCUUUUUUCUUUUUUAAUGCCAUUAUCACAAGACAAUCAUCCCCUUAUAACCUGAUACAUUAUGUUGUUAUCUUGAGAACCUCCUGAUCUCAAGAGAAUGUCAUUAUAAAAAGAUUGUCAGUA